UUUCAGAAUGUCGGUGACGGUGGAGGUUGCCGAUGAAGAAACGCAUGAUGUUCCGCUGGUUGAGCAAGUUCGAACUACACCUGAUCAAAACGUUGAUGUAAAAGUCCAAGAAAACAACGUCGUAACAACGAAAAUUGGGCCAAAACUCGAAACAAUUCCAGCAGCAAAAAUGCAAGACGACAACGGUGACGAGGAGAAGGCGGAAAAUUCAGAAGGUGCUGCUGCUGAAAAAGUAGAAAAGCAGCACGACGACGACGGUGUUGUUGUCCACGAAGAGACUGACGGCGUGGCAAGCAGCCGAAGCAGUCAUCACGACAAACAAAAACCGGGGGAAACGAAGAAAAGUGGUGACGGAAAAAUGGAUGAUGACGAUAUUAUCACAACGGCGAGAUCUUCGUCUCGUCGAAUCUGUGGUUCGGCGGCCUCGAGUUCUGACUCUGAAACAGCCGACGACGCCCCGUUGCUACCUGACGAAGGACCAUCGCAUGCCGUACGACUCGAAAUGCCUGGUGAUAAACCAGCAAGUCCCCAUGAUCGGUUUCCGAAGACACCUCUGAAAACGUUGGUUGCGUUUCUGAUGCUCGUCGUAGCGGCAGCUGGAAAUACAAUCACAUUAUCAUGGAUUCAUGAACGAUAUCCAUUGACACCACCACUUCCUGAUAUUGUGUUCGAGUUAAUACCAAAGAUUCCAUGGGGACUUCGAUUAUGUGAAAAUCUUAUGAUAGGAUCAUUUGUAUCACUUCUUGUACUUAUUCUCUUUCAUAGGCAUCGAUGGAUUGUGCUCCGUCGUCUCUGUUUCAUUGGAUCAAUUCUCUAUGGUAUGAGAUGUAUCACAAUGAUGGUUACUCCAGUGCCAAAAGCCGACGAAGAUUUCGAAUGCUCGCCACGUUUCGGUGAAAAUGCCACGUUCUCGUUGAUUGUGAUGCGAGGUGUUUGGAGCAUGUUCGGGCUCGGUCUCAACUUAUUCGACAAUCAAAAAGUCGUUUUGUGUGGAGACUACAUUUACAGUGGACACACACUUGUGCUCGUCGUAUCGGCUCUUUUCAUUGGAGAAUACUCUCCUCGACGAUUCUACAUUCUUCACUGGCUGUCAUGGUUAGUGUGUUCCGUUGGUGUGAUCUUUCUAGUUCUAUCACACGGACACUACACUAUUGAUGUGAUACUUUCAUAUUUCGCUUGUACACGAGUAUUCUGGGCAUAUCAUACACAGGCUGCACAUCCAUCCAUUCGGCUUUCUGUACAAAAUCAUCAAGCCAAAGAGUUUUGGUUCCCAUUGUUGCGAUGGUUUGAAGGAGACAUACGGCGACCUGUUCCACGAAGAUUCGAUUGUCCAAUCUCGUAUUCACAAGUGUGUAAUGCUUUCCGGCGAGUUCGUCCACGUGGCAGAAAUGGAGCUGCACGACCUGCUUUCGAAUGAGAACGGACCACCCCACUCAUCUCCCACCAUCCAGCUUUUGUUUGUACAUUUCCUUAACUCUUCUCAUUUUAAUGUGAAGCUAGUUCAUUCCAGACGCCCGUAGAUUAUUCUUUCUUACCUUGGUUUUCAUUUUUCUUUCAAUCCAACCCGAUGAUGUUCCCGGGUGCUUUCACGUUUUAUCACACUCAAAACCACUCCAAAUCUACCAUGUCUCUGCCAAAAUAGCACACUCCUGAAUCGACAUUAAAAACUGCUCCGCCGUUACUUUUAUGGGUUUCGCCACGAAUUUUCUUGCCUUUCAAACGGCUCCUUUACCUUCUGCGUUUUGAUUGCUUAUUGUAACCCCUUUUUUUUAAAUUUUCAAUUUUUCCCAACCCAUCCCACAUCGAUUUCGUCGUCUUUGAAACUACGGGUAACUCUUUUCCCACUCAUUCUUUGUCAAUUGCGUAGUAUUUUUGUUGAACAUAGCGUUUCACUCUUGUCAGACAAUUCUCAUUCCCUCCAUUCGCUUUUCAAAAAUACCUUUUUGUAAUUUACAAUCUCAAUAAAAUAGAAAAUUAAUUUUUA